GCCUAGAAAACAUCUUACCAAAAAUAAUUCCUGGGUUUGACAUGAUUCCAAUGAUUGUGCACGAACUAAAAACAGACACAGUGGUUUCCUAAAAAUCAAAACGAUUUGAAGCGUAUUGCUAACAAUAUUUCUUGGUUAUAACUUCGUUGGGCGUAACCUUUGCACUAUACUACAACAGCAUGUCUCAGUAAACUACUGUGCACUUUAUACUGUCGACAUAAAAAUUAAAUAGAUGGACGUUGCGAAGUUCAAAUUAUUAAUUAGGCGUAGCGUACUAUCGUGAUUCGUUAAAUUAUCAGUGUGAUAAUGUUGUCAUCGGAAUUAUCGCUAAGGUGUGACAUUUUAUCACGACGCCUAGUUAUGGUUAGCAUUUGUAAAUUUGUGUUAUCAAUCGAACAGUCGCGAAUUGAUCCGUGAUACUCUGUUGAUUAUUUACUUAUUAUUUAUUGGCAUUUUGCUUACCAUCCUAACCUUAAGAUUAGUUUUUAAUUAAUGUUACACCGUUUCUAAGUGGUCGAUUACACAUUCUUUACGUCGUAUCGUCGUAUAGUUCAGUGUGCCGACAAAUCGAACAAAUUGUUUAAUUGUAUUUUAAUAAUUCAGUGACUUGAACUUUGUGUACGAACCAGAUCAAUCAUAACGAAAAUAAUUUCAUAUCUAAACAGAUACGUUAUUCAUUUGGUAAGUAAAAAUAUAUAAUAACAUAGAUGUUUUCUAAAUGUUCAAUUUAUCUACUAUAAGCAUGUUGAAUGUUGAUUGUUUAUUAUGGUAAUUCGUGUAGGUACAUCAUAGUCAAAAUAUUUUUCUUUUUGGAUUUAUUUACCUAGGUCCUCAAGAGACAGUUGCGGAUUACAAAUUUUUUCGUAGGUCAUUUUUAUACUUUUUAUGUAGUAGAUUAGCACAAUUGGCCAGUUCAAGAGAAUUCGAUUUAGUUAAGUUAAACAUAAAUCCAAAAUUAUUAUUUAUAUCAUAGUAUACAAUUAUUAUUCUCUCAAAUCGGAUGUUAAGCUAUCAACAAUUUCAAUGUAAUAAUUCACUUUCAGAAAUUUAGUUCUGGAACUAUUUCAUUUUUUCUUAUUUCAUCAUAAACUUUAACAUUUGUUAAUAAUAAUGCUUUUUUUUUUCACAUUGUUCAAACAUACUUGUACUUCUCAACUGUGUGACAUAAUUAAUCAAAGAACUAUGUAAAUUUAAUACGGUUAUUAAAUCUAUUGAUAUUUAUUGAAAUUUCUUGUUUAUGAAGUUAAAUCGUUCAAGCACAUCACUUCAGAAUAAAACUCAAAUUGCAGUUUCCAAUUUAUUUUAAUGCGAAAAAAGUUGUUCAGUAUCAUAUUUCACAAAUUAGUAUACACAUAAGUAUUUCCAAUGCAGUCUGUUAUUCAUGUUAUCUACUCAUGUUCACAUACUAUCUUAUGAUUAUUUUAUCAAUUAUUUUGCUACCACCUACCAACCAGCAUUAAACUUUACACUUUUUUACAACAGCUACAGACUACAAUCUAAACUAAAAUUUUUUUUUGAAAAUAGAGUCAACCCAUUGGUCUAUUCGGCGCCCGUUUAGACCCGGCACUCUGGGGCAACUGCCCCAGGUUGUUCCAUGUAUUGAUCCACCACUGCCAAGAGAUAAAUGUUUAACUACUACCUACUUAAUAACCACUGUGCUAUUAGUUCUAUGUACAGUAAUAUAAUAAUAUAUUGUAUAUUUCGGACAAUAAAAUGGUUCUCCUGAAAUAUGGAAACGUUUCAGAUAUUCAGAUACCCAUUAAACUAGUGAAAAAUAACCACUCAUAAUAUGUUUUUUCAUAAUAAUUACUGAACUGGUAUAGGUAUGUUGGUUUAUUUUUCUUAGUACAAAGUACUUACAUACAUGAUUUUGAUAAUUUGUUUUGUUAUAAAACUGUAAUUUUUUAUUUACCAUGUACCUAAUUACUAAUUAUUUUAAUAAAUCCAUAGGUAUUAUUUAAGUAUUCACUACAUACUUAAUAUUAUGCAUACAUAAUAUAUUUGCAUUAAAGUUUCAGCAAACAAAAUGUAUCAAACCGUCUAUUAGUUUAAUGAUGAGAUUAUUGUUUAUACAAUUGACUCCGUUUAAUGGAAACAUCAGCUAAUUAAGAUAAUCACUUAAUCAGGACAACUCUUCAAUUACUAAAACUAAUGGUUGUAAAUAUUUGCCACUUAUGUGGGCUACAAAACUGGAUUGUUGGGAUAUUGUCAAGUAUAUUUCAUCAGUAAUAAUCGUUAAUAUAUUAAUAUUCGUUCCUCAAUAUUAUUUUUGCCACCAUGUACAUCAUCAUUUUUCAUUAGAGUUUCAUUUCUGUCAUUUUAAUUGUUUUUUAUUAUGUUUAUUUUCAAAAAUAAUGUAUGUUAAAUGUUAUAUGCGCAUAUACCAUCAAUUGUUAAUCGUUAAAUAAAUUAAUAUAAACACAAUUAAUUUAAUUUUUCUGUAUUAUUAUAUCAAUAACUCUCUAUCAAAAUAUUUUAUAUUUUAUUUUCUAACUGGAUUAGUAGGACAAAACACGUAGGUAACCGAUGUGACCCAAUAAAACAGAGUUGAUUGUAUAUCCUUUUUUAGUGCUCCAAUAUCAAAUUUAUAUUUUUUAACUGUUCAAAGUAAAUAUUAAUUUCAAUUGUAAUUGUAGGAAAAUUAAUCUCUAUAGAUAUUUUUAUUAACAUUUAUCAUGUACUUAAAAAAAAUGAAAGUGGGUACUUAAAUAACAGAUAUUUAAAUUAGGUAGGUACCCAAAUUUUUAGCAAAUUAUUUUAAAAUAAAUGUAAAGGUACUUAAAUAACAGAUAUUUAAAUUAGGUAGGUACCCAAAUUUUUAGCAAAUUAUUUUAAAAUAAAUGUAAAUUAUGUAAUUACAUCUUAUUUUGAUUCAGAUAAUGCCAGAUUAUAUUUCCCAUUGUAUCCAUUAGAUUCAAAUAGUUGAAUUGCUUAUAUUAAUAUUAAAGUAGAAGGUAUAUGUAUUUAUUUUUUUUUAAUCAUGAUUUUGAUAAAUAGGGUUUAGGUUAGGUAAAUAUAAGUAAUUAUAAUACUUUGAUAUGUACAAAUAUGACAUUAUUAAAUAUUUAUUUAACUAGCAGUCUUAUAAUCUAUUAGUAAAUACUUAGGUAGAUGAAAAUUUGAUUUAAAUGCAUUUAUUGUAUUAUAUUCUAUGUUAAAAAGCUAUCUACUUUAAUUUAGCUAUGCUCAGGGAUGGAAGUUGGUCACUUAAAAUCACUUUUAAGUGUUCUUGUUUCACAGUUUUAUAAAAAAUAAUUAUUUUAUUGAUAUUUAUUACAAGAUCUUGGUAUCUUAUAUUGUUAUAAUUUGCAAUGUGAUAAAAAAGAAAUUUAAGGUCUUUAACCUAAUACUACCAAAGACUGGCAUAUUUUUUAAUAAUUGUUUUAGUUAUAAUUAAAGGUAUUAUUUAUCUUUAAAUUAUCACUAAAUUCUUUAAUAAAGACUUUAUAUAAUAAGUUAACAACUUAACAUAACCAGCCUGGUUGUUAACUUAUCGUACCAUUAUACCAAUCCUAACCUAUCAUAAUAUUAAAAUUAUUACAUAUAACUACUACUAUUGAUGUUAAAUAAGUGUAUUUUUGUUAAUGUUCACUAGCUUUUGUAUGGAAGUUACUGUUUAGUCACUUUUCUUACUUAUUUUCAAAACAUUGACCACUUCCAGCUAAAUAGUUAUUCACCUGAAAAAACUUAUAUUUAAAAGAAAAAAUUGUUAAAAAAUGUAAACAAGUGUUUAAAGUAAUCAAUAAAAGGGUUGCCGAAUAUAUUUGCUGAGAACCCUCUAUGCAGUAAAUUGUAAAAUUAUAAUUUUUAUCUCAUUUUGUUGUAUGCUAUAACAACCUUUUUAUAACUAAUUUAAUAAUAAAUAAAUAUUUAUUACCUUUUUAAAACAAGACACAUAUACUUGAUGUCAUUGAUUUUGAGUAAUUAAUUAUUGUACAUUUCACAAAACAUAUAAUAUUAUUAAUUUUAAAUUGUAUACUUUCUGUUUUUCAUUUAGCUGUAUUGACACAUACACAUUUAGUAUACAUGCAAAUAGGUAGGUAAAGUUUUUUUGUAUAAAUUAAAAAUACAUAACAUAAACACAAAUUAUUUUAUAAAAUAAUAAAGUAAAAACAAAAUUAUUAAGUGGUUAAUAUUCGUAAAUAAAUAAGUCACCUGGGGUAUUAUGAAAUGCGUAUUGUACGACCAGUUUCGAAUGAAAUAAGUAAAAUGUGACUCAACUCGGUCAAUGUUUGUUGAAGAACAAUGCAAUCUAACGAAACAAAUGUUCGUAAAUAGACCCCUUUUUAGAGCCAUUGACCGACGGUUUGGACGCAUCCUUGUUGCACGGCCGUCAUAGUGAUUGUCGCCUCUAUAUUACUCUAUGAUCUAUGUAUUUAAGACUGUAUUUAAACGCUUCUAUCUCAACCGAUCUCCUAGGGCUGCCAGACCACCUAGUAGCGGAUUCGUUAAUUAUUCAGCAAUUAUCGUUACGAUUGGAUCAGUUUAUUCGCAAUUGAUUAGAGCACCAUAGUUAUCAUUUUAUUGUUAUCAUCCAAAAUGUUUAAUAAUGUACAAUAUAGAUGAUACAAAAUAGGUUUCAUUGUUUUUAAAAAACGUGAUGAUCGUUAUUUAAACGUAAAAACAAUUUUGAAACACGAAUAAUUAAACUGAAAAUGUUAUAAUAACAUUGUAUUUUGUUUUUUUUAUGAAGUAUAAACAUUAAAAUUGUAGGUAAUGUAUUAUUCGUAAACAUUGAAAGUAUGUCAAAAUUAUUAACUGUAUAAUUAGAUAGUUUAAUAAUAAAUGAUUAAUCAAUUAUCAUUAACGCGUGAGUCACGUUAAAUAUAAAUAAUAAAUACCUGGGUAAAAUAAAUUGUACAAAUCUAAUAUUCAAUUGUUAAAAUUGUAAAUUUUAUUUUAAUUUUCUUUAUUUAUGCGAUUUUGGUUAGUCCAAUAAUGUUGUUAAAACCCAAUUCCAAUAAGUUUGUUGAAAAUGAUUUAAAAUCAUUUGUUUCUUCUAGAUUGGAAGUUUUAUUGAUUAUAUCAUUGCAUGAUUUACCUAUUUAAAAUCUCUUUAAGACAAAUAUUCAAAUAUUUAAUGUUGUCAAUUUUCAAUAGAAAAAAAAAUAUAUAUACAUAUAUAUUUUGUAUUAUCUAUAUCUACAUUUUAUAUUAUAUUUUGGCGGGUUACACCAAGACACGAGGUUUAUGAUAAGGUAAUAAAGAAACGUUUAUUUACAACAUAAAGACAUAAUACAAGUGAUCGCCAGCUGACGGCUUUUGACGGAGGAAAGGAGAGCACGCAACUACAUUAGUUAAGAAAAACAAUUAUGCAAAAUAAUUAUUCGGAGUCGGAAACAAUGCUUCGCGUACGGCGCCGGUGCGGUGAGAGAGCGGAGCGGUGGUGACGUUUUGACGAGCGGAGCUGUGGAUGAUGACCGCUGAACGCCAACGGCGAGGGGCGUGGCCGACGUCCGCCGCGGGAAGAAGAAAUGUGGCGCGAAACCGCCACAAUAUGUUUCGGAUGAUAACAAAAUAAUGAUAACGAUGGUGAUCUAAUCGACUGCUAAUAGACAAACCUGUUACGGUCGCGCAUUCGUGCACCAUCGCCGACUCUCCGCCGUGUGAACAGUGAGUCAUAAACCAUAAUGCGGUAGUGGGGAUGGAUGCGCAAACAAUGACGUGUUUUUUGUCCGCCGCCUGUCUGUUCUUAUUCUGAAUAGAGUAUAGUAAUUUUAUAACCCAAAAGAUAAGUACUCAGUAGUAUUAAUUCUUUAAUUGACAAUGAGUAAUACUUUUUUGCUUAUUCGUGGCGUAAUUUUGAUUAGGCAUUUGACAAGCUUUUCACUCCAGUAAUACCAGGAUAUCACCUUUCACCAUAGGUUUUCAACACAGCUAUUGUGUCUGCGUUUGGGCUAUGCGACGCGCAACCUCCAAUCCAUAGAUGUGUGCUGUGUGGCAAAUUAUUUUUACAGGAAAAAAAAAAACUGUAAUAUUUUUCUCGUCUAAUACCUAUAUUAAGUAAAUUUUCCCGUUUUUUAAUUAUCUCAAAGUACUUUCCCAGUACGAUUUCCUUUCAGAAAAACUGGUACACUUGUAAAUCGGAGCAAGGUUUUUGGUAGAAAAGUUGUCCACAGAAAAAAAAAAUAAACAUCAUUAACCAUCGCUUCACUCAGAUUCUAAAAUACAUAAAUAUGUCCAAUUAUAAUGUAUCAAAUCUUAAUAUUUUAUUAUAUUCUAUCGCAGUAACUGAUUAUGGUGAAAUAGUUUUUACUGAAACAUGGAUGAUUCAGAACUUUACAAUAUAUCAGUUCGAUAGAAAUGAGAAUACAAGGAACUGUACGAGAGGUGGUGAUACAUUUAUAGCUGUUAAAAACACGUAUAAUUCUAAUUUAAUUAGUGUUACAGUCAUAUCACUUGAACAUAAUAAUCACCUACAUUGCAUAUGAUAUGUAUGUUGUGCACGCUAUAUUCGCUGUAUCCUGUGGCCAUACAAAAUGCUACGCUAUAUUGCUAUGUAUACUAUGUAAAAAAAAAAAAAAUACAAAAUAGGUAUCAGUUAAGUUAGAGAUAUUUUCGUGUAAGUUGUCUUGAGUGAGGGAUUAUAGGCUUUAUUGUUACUUGCGUUGCACAAUGAUAAUAAGCAAAAAGAAAAUGGGAUCAUGAACUUAACAUUGAAUAAAACAAAUUUGGUGAGUCUUGUCUUAUAUUAAUUCAGUUUCGUGAAGAUCAAGCAAAUCUAGUGUGUGAAUCUAUUUUUUAUGCAAACUUUUCUACCAGAAUUAUUACUCCUAUGUAUCAAGUUUAACUUAUUUUCUGAAAGGAAAUUUUAUCUCCGUGGUUUAAGGAGGUCAUUUUUGUGAUUUUUCAAUCAGUUUUCAUAAUAACUGAGAAAAACCUGGAUAAAAUGUUGGAAAAAUGUAAUUAUUUUUGUUUGCUGGUGAUUGCAAAUUGAUUAGUUUUAUAAAGUUCAUCAAUGAUGCAUAUUUACUACAGAAAGAUAUAGACACUAUGGUUAGUUGGUGUUCAAAUAACGAAAUUACCUUGAACAUAUUUAAAUGCAAUUUUAUUUCCUUCUACCGAAUUAAGAAAUCUAUAAUUUUUCAAUGCCAAAUUUUUAAUUUUAAACUACCAAUUGUUUUAAAUAUUAGGAAUAAUAUCUAAGAAUUAUUUUUGAAUCUAACUCAAUUUUUAAUACUCAUAUUUUUAAAAUGAUUAAUAAAGCAUCAAAACAGUUAAGUUUUAUAAGACGUGUUAUAUUGUACAUUUAUAUUGUUGAACCCUUCUGACACGUUGUUGAUCCGACCGUAACUCUUUUGUAGCAUUGUACAUGUUCCACAUAUAUGGUGAAAAUAUUGGUGUAUGUCGUAUAAAACCGAUUUGUAGCAUAUUUUGUUGGUAUUAAUUUAUAUGUCCUGUUGAUGUAAAAAUUUGAAUCAAAAUGUCCUCUAAUUUCUCAAUAUUUUUAAAAGAAUUGAAUAGUAAUGCCAUUCCUAACAAAUUUUAAAUCAUAAUAUAUAGGCUUUAACAAUGAAUUUUAAAUUUCCUUUUUUUAAAAUAUUUGUUGGAAGAAAUAUUAAGACAGGAGUCAUUUUUAAAGCCUAUCUGAAUUAUUUGUCUUCUUUAAAUCUAACAGCUUAACCCAACUCUUGAACUUUUUGCAACACAAAUUGGUUUAAUUGAUAAAAGCACAACUGCACCGAUACUUCAUUAUUAAAUACUUGUUCAUUUGUCAGUAUCAUAGAAUGUUCGAAGUUGAUUCAAAUUAUUGAAAGCGAUUCAAUUGUUUUUUUUACAACAGUCAAUAAUUCAAUAUAAGUUUCUUUAUAUUUACACUGAAGCAAAGCAUACACCAUAGGAAUAGUAAUAUUUUCUAUAUUUACGUGUAUUAUAUAAACUUGAUAAAACUCCAUGUACAAGUAGAAAAUGUUCCGUCCGUAUAAAUAAUUUUGGUUUGAGGUAAUAAGUCAAGGCAUGUUUGUUAAUAGAAAAUUAUAAUACUGUUUUCAUUAUUUUUAUUAGCAUAAAAUAAAAAUGGCUCUGUUUUUUUUUCACCAGCUAUAUUCCAACAUAUUCCUUCCAGUAAAAUGCCAUCUAUUUUGGAAAUUUUUGUAUUAAUAUAAUACGUAUACGCCGCAAACACCUUUUCAUUGAACUUUAGUUUGGAAUAAAUGUUUUACUUUUGUCUGAUAAAUUAAUCACAUUUCGUGCAAACAUUUGAAAUGGUAAAUCAUAGUUUUCUUUCACUUCGUUUUUCGAUCUACAUUUAGCUCUCUUUGUAUUUAUUAAAUUGGUAUUGCCUUCGUGAUUGUGAAUUCCAAAUUUCAAAAUCGUCAUUAUUUCGUGGUCAGUUAUAAGUGUUCCAUUACAUAAGCUUUUGUCUAAGACCAUGGGAUAUACCGAUUUCCAAUAUUUACUGGUGUAAAAUAAUCAGUAUCAAGUGUUAAUUAACCAGUACAAAAUCUGUCAGUACACAUGUUUAUAUUAACAAAAAUAUUGUGUAGUGUGCACUAUUUUAUCACAUAUUACUUCCGCCCACAAAUUAAAAUAUACAGGAUACAUAACUAGACCCUGAUCAGCCAAUUAUUGAUUCCGAUGGUUCUUAUUCAUCGAAUAGAUAGAAAGCGCUAGUAACUUAUAGCGGUGACAAGAAGUAUUACUGUAUUUAUAAAUAAGAGAGAAAUAAUUUUAAAACUAAAAGCUUAUUUAGACACUAUCAUAGAAGAUGGUGGAUGUAUUUUUCAGGUAUCCGUAAUAUUCAUUAUUAAAUAUUUAUGACUUCCAAUGGAUAUUUAAAAGAUAUCUAAAUGUCAUUUUUUUUAGCAUUUUUGGAUAUGCUAUUUUAAUAUCCAUUGGUUAUUUGUUGAAGUUAUUCAUGAGAUGUCUUAAACUAUCUAAUCCUAAUAGAUAAUCACAAGUUACUAUUUAUAUACUUUAGUAUAUGCAUUAUAUAUCAGUUGAUGAUAACUUGAGAUAUUUUUUUUUUUUAGUAUACAGGAACAAAUAAUAGAUAAUGUUUAUUUAAUUGUUUUAAAUUACUAUUUUUAUAAAUAACAAUAAAUUUAACAUACAAUAUUAUUUUUUAUAAAAUCUAUCUUCUGCAUGUCUCAUCUAAUUUUCGAUACAAGUAAUAAUGUCAGACUCUUGAAUCUUUGGCAUUUUUUUAAAACAACAUCUAUAUAAAAAUAUUAAUGGAUUAUACUACAUUAUAUAAAAGCUGUUCAAAAAAUUAAGCAUCAAUACAAUUAUUUUACAAAUGAUUAUGUUAGACAGGUAUAAACAUGAUAAAGGUUUUUUUCUCCUUUUGCUCCCUUUCUAAUUGUAUGACACAGCAAAUUGAUCAGUAAUGAGUUUUAUUAUGUGAUGACAUCUUUCAGGAACAUAAUUUUAAUGACAAUACUAUUUUUUUGUGUGUAUUGUAAUUUGUAUUGUGUUGAAAUAUUUUAUGCUGAUAAAUAAUGUAGAUUUGUUUCAAGUUAACUAAAUGAUAUCACUGUUUUAAUUUAACAGAUAGCAAGAAAAAUUAGCGAAAAAACAAAAUGUCAAAUUUUUUUAUCGGGCAUAAAAAAUCCAGAAAACAGUUGUAAUACAAUAACUGCUCAACUAGUCACUUUAAAAUCUAAAGGUUUUUUAUUCACCCUGAAAACAAUUGUUUAUACUUCUUAGACAAAUUUAUUGAGAUGUCAUUUUCUAAACAUGCUAAUAGUAAAAAUGUAUUCAGACAUUGAUGACUUUUUUAAAUUUAAUUAUUUUAUUCUAUUUCCUUGUUUUGAACACAAAAAUGAUAUUGUUGAUUAAUUAUUCACUACUUAUAUUACAAUGAGAAUGAGACGAUAUAUUUAUUUUUCUAACCAUUAACUAAAAAGCAAAAACCAGGUUAAAAAACUAUCUAAAUUAGCUAAUAAUUAAUUUACUAGUUAGGAAUACCUACAAUAUAGGUACAUUUAUUAUUUAUUAUUUUAUAUAAGAAUACUAAUUAUACAUGUUUCUUGUGUUGAAAAAUAUAAUAAAAAUAAAAGUAUUAUACAUACCUAUUAUUUAAUUUAUAUAAAUCUCAAAUUCGGAAUUCCAUGUUACGAUUUUAUUGAUAAUGGAUAUCAUAUUAUUAGUACAAAACUUGCCACUGUCACCUUUGAGCGCUACCUGGCAAUUCAUGAACGAAGAAAGUUCUCAUAACCACUGAUAAGUGCUCGUUGUGUAUCCCGUGUAUCUUAAUUCGUGCUUCCGCUCUAUUUACGCCUUGCUGUGCCGCAGCGGCGAAAAAUGGACGCGUGUGGUGUGCGUAUAAAUUUAAACCAAGAUCGUAUGUCAGCAUUUGGACGAACGCCGUCCCGACAAUAAUAAAAUAAUAUUAAGAAUUAACGGUUUUUCUUAUUUCAAUUCGUACGCUCGCAGUGUUAUAUUGGGCGAAUAACAUUUAAAAUAAUAACUGUGAUAAUCGCUGAUGGUCGUAAAAAUUUUGUUUGUUAUUAUAAGUAUAUGUAUGUUAUUAUAUUUUUGUAAUUUUAAGACUGAUGUCUUUUUCAUAUUUUCGCACUCCCUUUAUUAGCACCCACGAGCCUCCAUUGAUUGAAUUUAAUAUACAACAUAUUAAAUGUCAUAUUUUUAUACGGACAACGAGGGGGGGACUCCCCUGAAUUCGCACCGGCUAACUAGAGAAAAUUACCUUUCAGUAAAGGUGCUACAGUCUAUACUUCGAAGCAAGAUUUCUGGUAGAAAAGUCGUUCACAGACAAAAAAAACACAUUAUAGUCUUCUUCUUAUCGUGUCCGGUGGUUAAACUGUCUACAUUAUAGUAAAACCGAUAGAUUCCUCGUUAAGCUCCGAAUCCAAAAUAAAUAAACAUUGUACAACCAAUAAAAUACGUCAGCUAAACUAAUUGAUACGGAGCAAAUGUUUCGGCCUACUGGAUUAUAGAGAAAUUACCGCAAAGCGUGCGAUAGUCGCCUACACGUUUUCAUGUAGUGUAUUUUAAUCAUAUUUUCAGGUGUUUAAUUUAGAAAAUAUCGAGUUGGCGACACUGAUUAGUUGUAUACUCGUACGUUGCAUUUCUGGUCUGCUGACCGUCGUCAACUGCCGACUAACCAUUACAUCUGUUCCUCUAUUCAAGCCUUUGGUUGAAAUUAUUUAUUAUUAUUAUUGUAAUUUUAGUCGUCGGUUUAAUUAUUUUACAAUAAAAAAAAGUUCUACAUUCUACUGACUAGUGCGAAAUAUCGGGAUCGUCGGUUUUCAAUCGCCCUGUUUUUGUUACAGGCUAAUAAUGGCGGAUUCCAAAUGUUUUUUUGGAUUAUCGAACGUGCGCAACGGUACUUGGCUUAUUUCAAUAAUCAACAUGGUGAGUAAACUGUCGCAAUUGACAUAACUUAAAUUAAUAUAUUUUAAUUUUUUUAUACAACUUUACAUAUCGAUUUGUUUUUAUUGUAGUUUUUACCUGUGUCUUGUUUUGAUUGUCUUUUUUUACCUGUUGCCAUAUACAGUGUGUGAUCGUUUGUUGGAAACACUAUAACUUAACAAAUAUUAGAAGUAUUAUAAAUUUGUUAUAACUUAUUAAACUAAAUAAACAAUUUGUAUGCUAUUUCAUUUCGCGCAUGUGCAUAACAACUUUUUUUUUAAAAUGGAAAUUCCCCCCCCCUUUUUUGGUUAUCUAUUUUUACUCUUUUUUUUUUAUGAAUUUUAAUGGUAAAACCAACUUCCUACGUUUAAAAAUAGCCGAGUUAUGGAUAUUUCAAUGUUUGAUAUUUUUUGACAUUUUUGUCAUCAAUUCUAUGGCUUAAAUUAUUCUUUUUUGUAUCUCAUGAUAUCUUCCAGUAAUAUUUUUAGUACCUACUUUUGAGAGAAAUUCUCUUCCCUUACAGAAACUAAUUUUUUUAAGUUUAUCUCCAUAGGCGAUUAAAAAAAAAAAUUUAUUAUUUUGACCAACAAACCCAAAAGUCAAAAAACCGUGAAUGAAUGUAAUUUUGAACUAAUAAAAAUUUAAAUUUAGAAAAAAAUGUUUUAAUUGCCCAAGGAGAUAAACUUAAAAAAAUUAGACUGUAGGGAAAGAGGAUCCCAACCAAAAGUAUGUACUAAAAAUAUCACUGGAAGAUAUCAUGAGAUACAAAAAAGAAUAAUUUAAGCCAUAGAAUUGAUGUCAAAAAUGUCAAAAAAUAAUAUCAAACAUUGAAAUAUCCAUACCUCGGCUAUUUUUAAACAUAGGAAGUUGGUUUUACAAUUAAAAUUCAUAAAAAAAAAGAAUAAAAAUAGUUAAUCACAAAAAGGUGGGGUUGCCAUUUAAAAGAAAAAGUUGUUAUGUGCAUGCUCAAAAUUAAAUGGCAUAACAAUUGUUUAAUUAGUUUAAUAAGUUAUAACAAAGUUUAUUAAGCACCAAAAACGAACAGAAUUCAAAUAUAUUUAAUAUUUGUUAAGUUAUAGUUUUCAACAAAUGAUCAAACACUGUAAAAGGUAAAAGCACUAAUGAAUGAAUAAUUCAUAUUUUAUACUGCGUUAAUAAGAAAAUCAGUGUACAUACACUGUAUAUGUAUAGUAUAAAGACAAAAUCAGAACAUGCAUAUGUAAUGUAUAAUAAACUCAUAAUUCAAUUUAAAUGAUGAAUAUUUAGUUAAAACCAAUGGAUUAAAUUGGAAAUAGCUUGCCAUUGAUGAUAUAAUAUGUUAGUAUACCAAGAAAUGUUAUUAAAGAAAACUGUAUCCCCAAAAUUAUUAAACAAACAAAUGAUAUAUUUUGUUCCAGAAAUUGUAAAGUACCAAAAAUGUAUAGAUAUCUAAGUAUUUUUUUUAUUAUUAGUACUUAUUAAUAGUGUGUUUAUUACAAUCUUGGUUAUUGCUUUGCUUAUCUAAGUAAUUCAUUUAUAACUACCUAGGUAUAGUUCCUUUGUUACUACUUAAAAUUGUUUAUUAUAAUUAGCACGAAAGAACCUAUUCAUUUUUAAUGAUCAUAAUACAAGUUAAUAAAUUGGAAAUAUUUGAUAUAGGUACCUGUUAUAAUGUUUUACAUUUAUAAACUUUAAUACCCAAUAUAUUACUAUAAAAGAUAAAAAAAAAAAUGUAUACAACUAUACAUUUUUUAUAACCAAACUUAAUAAAUUGAUAAUCAGUAAUUGCAAUUUAUAAUAAUUUAAAACACAAUUCAAUUUUAAGAAAAAAAAAUUUAAAAAUGUGUUUAUUUACUAAGAAAUGUUGAUUUUUUUGUUUAUUAAUUCAUAAUAAUUCAUUUAUUACUUAUAUUGUUGAAUAUGGGUUGAAUAAAGUUAUUCAAUGAAUGUAAGAUAAAUUUCAAAUAACCCCGAAACCAAGAAUGAUUAUUACCUAUAUCAUUAUUUGAAAAUCAAAUAGUGCAUGUGUGUUCAUUCUAUGGUGCGGUCACACUAUGUAUAUAUAAUAUGACCAUUAUCCUAUUUAUUCUUGUGGACCUCUGCUAGAUUGUUAUCCGGAAGGAGGGGAGAGGUAUUCAAUCAUUUAAAAAUUGUUUUUUUCGUACAGAUUCAGUUUUAUUUUGGUAAGGUUUUAAAACAACAAAUACAUUCGUAGUAUCUUGUGUACAAGAUAAUUUAAUUUGCAUUAAAACUCCAUAAACUUAUUGUCUAAAUACCUUUGGGUCUACGCUUCUAAAUUUAUUAAACUACUGAAAAUAUAUAUAACCUUAUGAUAAAGAAAACAAAAUCUUAAAAUACCUUAACUAGGCUGUGUAGUUUGUGUAAUAUAUAAACCACAUAAAAAUUAGUCUAGACAUUUGAGAUCAGCAAAACAUUUAAGAAAUGAUCCAGACCAAACUAUAAAACUUAAAUGAGAAAAAAUAUCAAAUCUUACAGAGUUUUCUGUACAUUUUCUAAGAGUAAUUGAUCUUAGUAAGAGAUAUUUUGAGAUAGGAUUCCACUACAUUAAGUAUUCGUUAAGUUAAAUAAUAAUAAGUGUUAGAGAAAAAAGAGGUAGAUAUAAUAUAAAUGUUUUAAAAUUAGGUUUUUAACAUUUAUUUUUUAUAAAACGAAGUUCAGAAAAAACUUUUACAAUAUUAAAUCAGUGUAUGUAACAAUGAUUUUAAUAAUCAUUUUGAUGUAAAUUGAUAAAACUCAGUGUUGUUGAGGUACAUAUUUAAUGUACUCUCAUUAAGUACUCCAAAAAUGUAUAAUAUUAAAAUAUGAAACAUGCAAAUACAUUAAUGAACUCUAUUCAAAUUUUCCCUUUUCCUAAAUAUUUCUUAUUUUCUUGUUAAACCGAUAUCGUUGAUAAGUCUUCAAUUUACUUAGAGAAGCUUCAUGUAUUGAUCUACUAAAAUAAAAAAAGUUAUUAUUAAUAUUCAAAAUACAGAUAAUUAACAGUUCCUUUGGUAAUCCUUGCUGCUUUACCCCAUAGAUAAAGAUGCAAAAAGAGUUACUAAAUAUAAGAAAUCGGAACAUGAUUUUGAGGAAUAUUAUUUUAAAAGUUUAAAAAAUUGUUUCCUGUUAAAUUAAAUGAUAUUAAAAAAUUUGGAGAUAGAUUAUAUCUUUCCUUUUGUUCUGUGUUUACUUAUAAUAAAAAAAAUAUUGUGCCUCUACAAAUAUGUAAAAUUAGAAAAGAAAACCAUGUUAGAUUUUUUUUUUUUAUCUUCAAGACAAAACAAAUUGAACAUUAUUUUUGGAUUAAGAAUUUAUGGAAACUUUUGGGAAAACAAAAAAAAAGACAUUGUUAUAAAUUAAUACUUAUGCAUAAAGUUUAUGACUUGCAGCAUAUGAUUUAUUUUUAAGCAUUUUUCAGAGCACAUAAUGAAGUUUUUGAGUUCUUUGUAAACUCAAACUUCAAUUUCUGAUUGUGAAUAGCCAUAUUAAUUUUAUAAAAUUAAUAUAAAUAUAAAUAAUUAUUGUGUAAACUAAUGUUUGUUUUCUGUAUGAUAGACAAUUUGUAUUGUACUCGGUGUGAUAUCUAUAGCGACAAUACAUCCAGAUCACCCUCGUAAGUAUAUAUAUUGUAUUUUAAAUAUUACUUAAACAAAUAAUAUUUUAUAAUCCAAUGUUUUAUAUAUUUAGCUUAAAUAAUUUUUGUUUCCUCCUAGGUUUUAAAAUUUUAAAAUUCCCUUUCUAUUAUAUUUUUCCCUAUUUUAUUCCCUCUUAAAUGAUUACAAUAUUAAAUUUAAAAGACAAAUUUAAUUUGUAUAUGAUUCAAACACAUUAAUGAUAAUUUUGAAAUAAAAUAAAUAUUUUUAAUAAUAAUAUUUUAUUUUGUAGGUACAGACUAUCAACAAAACGAUUAUUACAGUCGUAAUGAACGUCGUAUGCAGCACAUGGAAACUGAUUUCUACUUUUUUAUUACGUUUUUUAUAUUAUUUUUAUUUUUUUACAUCAACUUACAUUUGAAAAAAUCAACAUAUGUAGUAAGUCAAAUUGAUUUAUUGUAAUAAUCACACCUAUAUCUUUCCAUUGUUAUUUAUCAUUAUACACACUAUUUAAAAAAGGGUUAUAAAUAAAUAAUUAAUUGUCUUAAUUUACCUGAUUAAAAUAUACUGUAAUAUAGGCUUCUAGUAUAUUUUUAAUUCAAUGGUGUCAAAAUGACAUAGUUUAUACCCGUAUGCGCUGUUUCCGUUUUACAAAUGUAUUUUAUUAAUUUAAAUUUCACAAUAAUAAAAUAUUAACUCUUGCUCAUGUGACAUGACUAAAAUACAAUGUAUAUUUGCUUUUGCGAAAUUAAUAAAGUAUAUUAUUCAUUUUUACAGCAUGCAACUCAAAGUAUCAAUCAAUGGUUGGUAAUCAAUACAAUAUUUUUUUCAUUUUAUUUUCUGUUUGUUUGCUUUUGUACACUCAAAUAUGGACUAACAGAUAUAAUUACUUUUGGAAUUCCUAUGGGGGGUAAGUAUCAAUAUUUAUUUCAAAAAAAAAAAAAACUGUUCAAAAUAUUAAUUAAUGAAUUAACAAUUAACUUUGAUCAUUGUUAGUUUUUUCGGCGUAUCAGAUUCAUGUGGUGAAAUGUUUUUACAAUGACGAACUCAAGUUCUUAUUAUCUGAACAAAAUGUAACUCAGCCUACUAUAAAUGGACCACAAUAUGUUGCUAUAGCUAGUCAAGCUAUUCCAUCAACUUAUCCUGUACAAACUGGACCAUAUAUCAUCCAACAAGUGCAUCAACCCACAACACAAGCAACACCCUAUCCUCAGCAAGCAUUUCAGUUUCAACCACAGCAGCAACCUUCUCAUUCUCAUUUAGUUCCUCACGACCCUAAUAUCCCCCAAGAGUAUAAUAAUCCACCACCAUAUUCGCCAAAUUAUACUAAGCCAGGUGGAUCUGUAACAAAAUAAUUAAAAAGUAAAAAAAGGUAUGGUUCUUAAAAAAGUUUAUUAUGUAAACUUAUUUUCUAUUUAUUAUUUGUUAUUCUUCGUGUGAAUGCCAUUUCUCAUUUUAUUACCCAUGCAUAAAAUAAAUAACAUUAAUUAUUUAAAAGGAUUUUUUAGUAAUAUAACUUAGUUUUUACAAUUUAUUUAGAAUUUAAAGUUAUACUAUUAUAUAAGAGGUUUUUAAUAUCAAAACAUAUAUUUUAAAUUAUUAAGUUCCUUAAUUAUUAUUAUUAUUAUUAUUAUUAUUAUUAUUACUACUACUACUUCUUGUAUACAUGACAUCAAUCUAAGUUUAUGAUUUCUGAAAGAACCAUAUUAUAUAGUUAGUUAAUUUAAAUUAAUGUUUUGUAAAAGACUACAAUCAAAAUUUAUUAUCAUAUUUUAAAUUAUAAUUAAAAAAAAUUAGAAAUCUGUAUACAUCUAAUAUUUUUUUUAUUAUAAACAACGUAGUGUUAUAAUAGUAUAUUGUAUCUCUGAAAAUAGAUGUUAAAACAAUUAAAAAUAAACCUAAACAAUAGAAUUCAAACAUAUGUAAUAGAAUUCUUCAAAAAAAUAAUACAUAAUAUUACUUAGCAUUAAUUAUAAAAAUUAUAGAAUGCUCACUGAUCUAUUUUUGAAGAGCAUACUAGUUAUUUGUCAUAGAGUAAUGGCUGUGCUGCAUUCACUGACCCAAUCUUCCACUUGUCAUAUACCGGUUCAUAGCAGUCCUCGUAUCAUUCUCAAUUGCAACAAAUAUUUUCUUGGAACCGUAUUUUGACAGAGAUAAUUUCUUAGGAAUGUAUUUUGUUAGAACCAUAUUUCAUUGGAAAUUGUCUUGAAUGUAUUUGUAUUUAAAUUUUACUUUAUAUACUAUAUACUAUUAUAUUAAUACUUUCUUAUAAAUACUUUUCUUAACUCAAGAAUUUAAAAUUCUGUGAUUAGAAUCAUGCCAUUAAUCUUACAAAACCGAGGAGAACUAAGUCAGAAAAACACAAAUUGAUACUGCAGUAAUGAAUGAAACAGAUUUUAAACUACCAUGGUAGAUUUACAAUCAACAUUUUCAUAUUACACCAUUUGUGGCUACGCUAUAAGAGUCGUGUUUUAACCUGGGUAGAUAUCCAUAGACAUAAUAAUAGAUGGACUAUGGACAUAUAGCCUUUAUCAUAUCAGCAAACAUACAUUUUAUUGGUAGCUAAAAAAUCAUAGACCAAAUAUCUAUAUAAGCCUUUUUCUAUGAGAAAUAACCAAUUUUUGGUUCACAUUUGGUUCCCUUGUAGGAAAUUAAUUGAUAGCUAUAAUAAUAGAUUAUAUUUAUCAAAUUAUAAUCUAUGAUGUAUUAUGUCAAUAUUAUUAGUGAUGUAAUAUAUUAUAUUGUAUGGUUUUCCUUAUUUAGUGAAC